AUGGCGGAAUGCGUAAGCGAUGAAACUGCGUCGCUUGGGUUUUUCGUGAAAAAGCAGGCUAAGUAUGGCACUGCAACCACUACUUACAGCAAAAAGGAAGCCUACACAGUUCAUGAAGUAUCCGCCAGUGAUACGCUGCAGGGUAUUGCUUUAAAGUAUGGAGUAUCGAUGGGGCACCUUAAGCGAGCUAACAGAUUAUGGACAAAUGAUAGCUUAUUCUUGCAUCCAACGUUAAAAAUUCCCAUCAUCGAGAAGCAAGAAGAGGAUGUCAUGGAUUUCUUUGUGAACGCUAACGGCGCCGAUGCUGAAUCGGCAUCGACGUCCUCUUCGUCUGACUUUGUCGGAGAGGAGCAGUCAGCGCCCUCUGGUUCCGACAGUGCAAAAGAGAGUUGUACUGCAAGACUUGGGGAAGGCACCAUUUCUCCAUGUAGGACAGGCUCUCCCAGAAUUCUGAGUAACUCGCGGUCACCAGCAAGGCAGGUGGCAGUAGAGGAGAAGGAAAUCAGUGUGACAGACUUUCUCAGAAAAAUCGACAAUGAAACUGCACAGAUCAAGAGCAAAGUCAAACGGCUCGAACGUGGGGCAGACUUUGAAGAUGAUGGCAGGUUGUCCGCGAGCAAGAAGAAUCGAAAGCCAAAAACAGCACUGCAUCACAACAGUCCCAGACUGGGCAGGGCGGAAAAUCUACGCGAUCCCGAACUGUGCAUUAAGCCAUCGCCGAAGCAUGUACGAUCCUCGCUAAGGAAAGUAGCUCAGGACGGCCAGGAUGAUAUCUUUGAGUUGUGAAAAUAGUGAUAAAGAUGAAGAUGAGUAUAUUUUUCUCGUUGACCUAUAUGUACAAAGGUUAAAUUCACAAGUUUCCAGAACAAAGUUGCGUUCCCAUGUAUUGAUUUAGGCACCAUUAUUUACUUGUACAUGAAGUAGUCACAUGUAUACUUGAAUAAGGAAAACAUCGUAGCUUUUACUAUUAUUUUCAGUUAAAUCAGAUGUUACUUAGGCUAUGUACUUACUUUUAUUGCUUGCUGUUAAUUACAAUUAAGGAAAACAUGGUUUCAGUAACUCCAAUGGCUGUUUAUUGAUAUUGAUGGCUAUAUACAUUAUUGUCAUUAGUUGAUCAUCCCAGAGAGGUCAUAUUGCAAGUUACUCUAAUGAGGUUUUAAUUCAAACAACACAGACUGAUAGCCUGACAACACAUAGUAUUUAGUAAUUAAAGUACAUACUAUUUUACUCUAGGAAUAGUGAACCAAUAGUGAAACCUCAAUCUCAAAAUUAAUUUCAAUCAGCCUAAUGAGUAAAAAUCACAAGGGAAUUGCAAUUGAAUGUAUGUAUAGUGUAUCUUGCAUCCCUGCGGCCUGAGGCAGCACAAGUAAUAAUAAUUAAUAUGUCCCUUAGUAAGAUGUUAUUUCUCAUUGACUGUGAACAGUGAAGAUUGUCAUGCAGCAAACAUAGCAUACUGAAGAUAUUAAAUGAUAAAA